UUUACCCCAGCUGAUUGAAUUGAUCUUGGUACGCUAUUGAUUUACUAUCAAGGUUUUCGGCGGGGACGACUCCCAAUAAAUAACAGUGGUCGUCCUAACUUCGGCCUGUGUAGAAAUGAUGAUGGAUACGCUCUUUGCUUGCUUGACUUCAGGCACCUCCAUGCACAGCAUUUCACCCCCUUGGUCAUGAUUCCGAAGACAUAGGAGUGCAUCUACGACGAGACUGACGCGCUCCGCAUUUAUCCCCGAGUCGGAGCCGAACUACACUCAUUUGACACGACUUUCGACCCGAAUUCACUCUUUUCGCGGAACACCAUGGAUGAACACAUACUGCACACGUUCAUCCCACGGGGAGCAAACGACGGCACCCAUGGACAUCGAGCAGUGGUGGUAGCAGGCGUGCUGACGGCGCUUUCAGUCCUCGUCGUCGGCAUGCGCAUGUAUGCUCGCCUUGGAGUGAUGAAGUUGAUGGGCCGAGAAGAUUAUACCAUCCUCGUGUCUUUGGCUCUGGCCAUCUGUUAUUUCGGUCUCGUUUGCGCUGAAGUACAUUAUGGCCUGGGACAACCGGACAACACCCUGUCCCCACGGGAAUUGAAGUUGCAACUGAAGAGUCUCUGGGCCUCAAUCCCUUUAUACAACGCCAGUCUGGGCUUCACCAAAUUCUCCAUCCUCUUCCAAUACCUGCGCAUCUUCCCCGAAAAGCGAUUCCGCCUCGCCUGCUGGGGCGUGCUAGGCAUCGUCGCACUGUACACCACCUGGGCCGUCCUGAGCGGUUACGUCAACUGCGUGCCGGUGGCGAAGUUCUGGGACCGCGAGAUCCCCGGCGGGUGUCUCGACUUUGAGAUCGUGUGGUUCUUCAACGCGUCUAUGAAUAUCGUUACCGAUGUGGCGCUGUUUAUCCUGCCGAUGCCGCUCCUUUCGCGGCUACAGCUGCCGCGGAUGCAGAAGGUUGGACUUAUGGGUAUUUUCGCCAUUGGCAUUCUCGUGGUCAUCACCAGUAUCCUCCGUCUCCAAAGUCUCCGAGAGGUAGCCCGGGCCACCGACACAUCCAAAAGCAACGUCGGCGCCGCCUACUGGACAGCAGCCGAAUGCAACGUCGCCAUCAUCUGCGCCUGUCUCCCCUUCCUCCGCCCCCUCAUUAGCCGCUUCUUCCCCAAACUGCUCUCCACACGCAGCUACAACCACUACAACAACACCACCACCCGCAACAAGACCGGCGUUAGCCGCUCCCGUCCGCGCAUGGAGCUCUUCUCGCAGGACCGCGACUUCGGCAUGUGCACUAUCGAUGUUGAUGUCAAGUCGGGUGAGGCUCAUUCAAACCCGGCGAGUGGCAUUGAGGUUACUACUACCAUGAUGCAGGAGUCGUCUGGUGGGCGGGAGGAUUCAAGCCAGAGGAGGUUGGUGUUGGGGGUUUAACCCUCUUCUUCAUUCUUUUUAUUGAGCUGUCUCUCUUUCACUUUUCUUUACUUAUCUACUGGUCGUGUUUGUUCACGAUUGCCUCGCCCUGUCUGGGUCUUAUGUUGAUACCAUGUUUAGUAUAUUUUUGUUCCUCUAAUGAAUCAACGACGAUGCAAC